GGUGGUGUCACUGAUUUGGUAAAAAGACAUUUAAUGGUGAUAGGUUAACUUUUAGGGUAUUGUAAAGGAAUCUAAGAAGAAAAUGGCGACUCCAGUUUAUGUCGAAGAAGAACUUGGCCGAAAAUGGGAUAGAUGUCUAUCUGAUGCUGCACUUAAAUUUGGUGGAGGAAUAGUUCUAGGAUCAAUAUUUUCUAUUUUAUUUUUUAAAAAAAGAAGGUGGCCAGUUCUUAUGGGAGGUGGUUUUGGUGUAGGAAUGGCUUAUUCAAACUGUGAAAAGGAUUUAAAUGCCACACUUAACUAUAAUAUUAGCCCAAACAAAAACUGUUAGUAAUAUUUAAUUAUAGCUUUUUCUAGUGCUUAUGGGAAGAAUUUUUUUGUUGUACAUAAAUUAAAAAAUAAUAGCAGUAAAAUAAAUAAAACAGUAUGU